AUGCUUGCCAUGACGCUGCCGUGGCUGCUGGUGCUGGAGCUGGUGAUGUACGCGGGCUGUUUCAUCUGUGGGAUUAUAACGGCUGCCUUGCUCACGAUCACUCAGGGCCACUUCUCAGGGCAGUGCCUGCUGUACGGCAGCGUGCAGUACAACGCCACGGCCCAGGCGCUCGGCCUGCUCACCACCAGCUCCCCCUCCCUCUGCUACUUCGUGUCGUCCAUCUCUGUGUGCGUCGCCAUCUACUGCUUCUCUCUCAUCCUCUUCUGGAUCUACACCAGCUUUGUGGAGGACGAGGUCAAGAGGGAAUCCCUGUGGGUGAACGUGACUCUGGGCGUGUGUGGUGUCUUCCUCUUCUUGCUGUUGGUGUCCGGUUGUAUCCUGAGGAUUGGGAGGGACCGACUGUGUCUGUCUGUCCUCCAUAAUGUGCCCUCAAUUGCCAGCUGCGCGGAGGCUGAGAGCAAGACCUGGAUGCGCCCUGGUAACGGAGGCCAGUUCUAUACAUGGCUGCACAGUGCUGAGAAGUCAGUGUGGGUAAACUUCUUUUUCUGGGUGCUGAUAGUUGCCGUAGUGAUGGUCCAGAGGCGGCAGGCGUCAGGGUACAGGUCGUCGGGCGAUGAUGCAGACUGGAGUUCGUCUGAAACGGAGCCCUUCUUCCACCGCCCCUCCAGGCCGCAGUGACCUGAGACGAGCCCUGAUGACCGCCCCCAACCAC